AUGGCGUCCCCGGGAUCCGGAACUCGUUUCGUCAUCUUCAGCGUCUCGCUUUGUCUCGCGCUCCACCUCGGUUCGUGCGCCAGUCGACCUCGAGACCACGCUCUAAAGAUGGGCCACACCGAUCAAAGCCGCGGCAAAGUUCAUCGGAGGACAAUCAGGUACGCGGCGGCGGGUUACUCCGCCAGCCCACCAGAGAUCCAACCGUUCGCCUUCUCCAAGAAUAGCGCGAUGGGCCAACGGGCCAGUGUGGGCUGCCUCGUGAUCAGCGGUACGGGCCCGUACCAGUUCCGGUGGCAGCACAACGGGCUCCCGAUCGUGAACAGCGCUUCGAAGUACGCGAGGACCAAAUCGGAAGACCUCGCCACGGUAGUGAUCGAGAACGUGGGCGCCGAAGACGUCGGCAACUACACGUGCAGCGUGAGCAACGCGUUCGGUACCGACAGCUACACGGCGCCCUUGGAUAUCGAAGGUGAGACCCGCUUUCUCUGGCACUUUGCUCUGGGAUCCAAACCGCAAGCGCGGCUCAGUUAACGUUUUCCCAGCACGUGGUGUCAGAAGGAUUGACUGCAGGGCUAGUUGGUCUGUUAACGCCA